AAAACUUGAAACGCGGCCAAGACUUGAACUACAAGUCAAGAAAGACUGCCAAAGCACUUCUCUGUGUAUAACAUGUAUCUAAACCAUAAAUUUUGAGUCACAGAAACUCAGAGAGGUAAGGUUAACUUCUGACUUCUGAGUUUAUGAUCUUACAGCAAAUUAAGGUAUCGAAAAAAUGAACGAUCUGCUCUCUAGCUCCUUCUCUGAGGCCUCGCCGGACCACCAUGUCAUCGAAAUGACUGCAACGUCCAACGAACUCAACAAGUUUUUCCAGGAUGUGGAGUCGGUCCAGAACGAGCUCAAUGAGCUCCAAAAGAUCAAUAAGAGCUUGCAAAGCGCACACGAGCAGAGCAAGAGUCUCCACAACUCCAAGGCAGUCAAGGACCUCCGAACCCGCAUGGACGCGGAUGUCCAUACCGCCCUCAAGAACGCUAAGGUUCUUAAGGUACAGUUGGAUGCGUUGGACAAGUCCAACGCUGCCAACCGGAGCUUGCCUGGUUGCGGUCCAGGGUCCUCAUCUGACCGGACGAGGACGUCCGUGGUCAACGGGCUGAGGAAGAAGCUAAAGGAUUCCAUGGAUAGCUUUAAUGACUUGAGGAACAAGAUCUCAUCGGAGCACAGAGAGACCGUUCAGCGUAGGUACUUCACGGUCACCGGAGAGAACCCCGACGACAAAACCCUAGACCUUCUCAUCUCUACAGGUGAGAGCGAGACAUUUUUACAGAAGGCAAUCCAAGAGCAAGGAAGAGGGAGAGUUUUAGACACCAUACAAGAAAUUCAAGAGAGACAUGAUGGUGUGAAGGCCAUGGAGAGAAAUCUGAACGAGUUGCACCAGGUUUUCAUGGACAUGGCAGUUCUCGUGCAAGCUCAAGGUGAACAGUUGGACGACAUUCAGGGCCACGUGGAGAGAGCUAAUUCAUUUGUGCAUUCCGGCACUCAGCAGUUGCAGAAAGCCAGAUUCUUACAGAAAAACACACGUAAAUGGACCUGUUAUGGCAUUAUAAUCCUGCUCAUUAUCAUCGGGAUUAUAUUGGCCUCAAUACUGCCUAAAAUAUUAAAUUAGAAAUCAAGGCCAUGUCUGAUAACCAUAUUAUUUUUAGAUUUUAGUUUUUAUCAUUUGAGCUUGAGAUAUGUAUUUUUUGGUUAUGUCUGCGGUCAAUACGUGUACUUUUGUUCUUAUUUUCCACUCCAUUUCUUUUCCUUGCUUUUGAAGGCCUAUGUAUAUUGUAUUGUAAGCAUAUAUACUGGAUUCGUUUUGGUUA